AUGUCGAAAGCAGCAUGGUGUGAUAUAUGCAAUGUGCAGCUCUCAUCGGAAUCACUGCUCAGCGAACACAGCAAAGGCAAACGGCAUCAAAAGAAAAGUGCCGAACGGGAAGCACUGCUGGCAUUGGCCAGUCGUUCAGUGUUUCUUUCGGGCUUCGAUCCUGAAAUUUCGGUCACCGAUGAGGAGAUUGCUGAAGCACUGAGUUGUUUUGGCAAGGUGGAAAAGGUGCAGUUGGAUACGCGGAAAAAAACAUUUGCAUUCGUUGAAUUUAGUGAUGAAUUUUCGGCGCAACGAGCCAUAUUCGAGGAUAAACUUCGUAUUGGAUAUCAAACCGUUUUGGUGAGAGCGCGCAAAGUAGAUUUCAAUCAGGCCCAGUCAAAACCCCAAGAGCAAUCGAUUGUUGUGAGCAAAAUUAUCCAUCGUAUCAAUCAGACGUCGUUUGUUUCUCAAGUGGAUGCUUUAAUCAGUUUCUAUUGCCUCACUGAUGCGCAGGUUUCUGAGCGUAGCAGUUAUGAGCAGCUGCUUACGAAUGCCCUUGGCCAGUACUUCUCUUCUGGGGCUCAUGUUCGCAUUUUUGGUUCUUCGAUAACAUCGAUUGGUACAAAAGAUUCAGAUGUUAUUGCUGAAACACUGAGUUGUUUUGGCAAGGUGGAAAAGGUGCAGUUGGAUACGCGGAAAAAAACAUUUGCAUUUGUUGAGUUUAGUGAUGAAUUUUCGGCGCAACGAGCCAUUUUCGAGGAUAAACUUCGCAUUGGAUAUCAAACGGUUUUGGUGAGAGCGCGCAAAGUAGAUUUCAAUCAGGCCCAGUCAAAACCUCAAGAACAAUCGAUUGUUGUGAGCAAAAUUAUCCGUCGUAUCAAUCAGCCGUCAUUUAUUUCUCAAGUGGAUGCUUUAAUCAAUCUCUAUUGCCUCACUGAUGCGCAGGUUUCUGAGCGUAGCAGUUAUGAGCAGCUGCUUACGAAUGCCCUUGGCCAGUACUUCUCUUCCGGUGCUCAUGUUCGCAUUUUUGGCUCUUCGAUAACGUCGAUUGGUACAAAAGAUUCAGAUAUUGUAUGUUUUAGCUUCUGGGCACGUUCUUAUUUAUCACUAAAAACAGUUUUAUUUACGUUUUUCGAUUGCCUGAAAUCAGUAUAA